UAUAUACAUAUAAGUACAGCUGAUAAAUGGAUAUAUGAUGUCUUGUUUACACUGCCCUGGACAGCUGAUAGCUUGUUUACAUCUCAAUGGGUCUGAUUUCAGCGAUGGGUUGUGACUGAUGAUGCUGACCAGGCCGGACAAAGGAUGGGCGUGGGUAGUCAUGGUGGCCUCCUUCUUUAUACAUUGCCUGAAUGCAGGCAUGCUGUACGGCACAGGAAUUAUACAGGUGUCCCUGCUGGAGAGGUUCCAGGAAGGGUUAGCUGCAACCUCAUGGGCUGGUGCUAUUUACAUAUUCCUGAUGUUUGGAGCAGGAGUGGUAGGCAGUGUUAUAAUUAACCAGUUCAGCUGUCGAGUGGCGUUCAUAGUUGGGCUCAAUGAUCAUGACAUCAGGGCUUCUGGCGAGCUCGUUUGCAGAAUCCUUGGAAAUAAUUAUAAUUUCAUACGGAUUCACUGCAGGACUUGGGUCUGGGAUCGUGUUCACCAGUGGUAUAGUGGUAGUUGGUCUCAACUUUCAGAAGAAGAGAAGCGUAGCUACAGGAUUUGCAUCCUGCGGAGCAGGUGUUGGGGCCUUCAUCUUCCCGCCCAUGAUCCAACUUGCCCGAGAAGAAUAUGGCGACUCUGGUUUCUUCGUUCUGCUUGCCGGGAUGGCUCUCAACAUAUGUGUAUUUGGGUCGCUUUGCUUCCCGUCAUAUUUAGAAAUUAACAAAAAUCAUCCAGAACUGCUCACAAAAUCAACGUUAUCCUUAUCACUGCAUAGCUUAACAAGAAGACAGCAUUUUUGUAAAGUCAUUUCCGUUUUAAGAAAUCUUCCAUUUCUUUGCAUAUGUCUAAGUCAGCUAGCAAGUCAUGUUGGGAUUUACAUGAUGUAUGUCCAUAUUCCAAACUUUGCUAUUUCACGAGGAUCGACGGAAGGCCAGGCCUCCAUCUUGCUUGCCGCCAGCGGACUAAUGAAUUGUGUGUCUCGUCUGCUAGUGGGAAUGGCGGGAAACGCUGAUAAUAUUUCCAAUUGUUUGUUGUAUUUCGGGACUUUUGGUAUGCUAGGUAUAUCUACAGUGCUAUUUCCUCUGUAUGGGAAUACCUAUGUCGGACAGUUAGCAUACUCGAUAAUUUUGGGGACAUAUUCGGGAAGUUGCUACGUCUUGUUGAGUACUCUUACUGCUGAAAUGGUUGGCAUCGAGUUCCUUGUUUCAGCAUUUGGAAUUGCGAUGAUUUUUACUGGUUUAGGAACCCUUGUUGGACCACCUCUUGCAGGCUUUAUAGUAGAUGGAGGCGGCACAUACGAGUUAUCCUUCACUUUAGCGGGAUGCUGUAUACUCGUUGCCGCUAUAUUAGGGAUAUCAGCAGAAGUGUUCCGAAAUAUAUAUUACCCUGAAGUAAUUCACUGGAUACAUAGAGAAUCAACGUUGUAUUCCGAGAAACAAAGUCUCCACACAGAAAUAAUUCCACUACAAAAUGAUGAUAAACCUAACUCUCAUAGACAUGAAAAUAACUCUAACAUACUUAAGUUACCAUUACAAGCAGAAAAUGACUCAAAUGAACAAGAAAAACACUUAAUAGAUUGAGAGUCUCAACUAAAGCGAACAAGAAACUCUAAUUUGCUCUCCGGAACUUCAACACGGAAAAUUGAUGUAACGGUGCUAUUCUCAUCACUACCAGCUUACAACAGUAUUUAUUUGUCAUGUUAAUUAUCAGAACCAAUAAAUGCAGAUCACAACUUCAAUCAUGGAAGGUCUGACGUUCUGCAUAAUCUUCACAUAUCAUUAUGGAAAGUCUGAAGUUCUACAUGAUCCUCACAUCUCAUGAUCGAAGGUCUGACGUCAUACAUAAUCCUCACAUCUCAUGAUCGAAGGUCUGACGUCAUACAUAAUCCUCACAUCUAAUGAUCGAAGGUCUGACGUCAUACAUAAUCCUCACAUCUAAUGAUGGAAAGUCUGACGUCAUACAUAAUCCUAACAUCUAAUGAUGGAAAGUCUGACGUCAUACAUAAUCGACACAUCUAAUGAUGGAAAUUCUGACGUCAUACAUAAUCGACACAUCUAAUGAUGGAAAGUCUGACGUCAUACAUAAUCCUCACAUCUAAUGAUGGAAAGUCUGACGUCAUACAUAAUCGACAUAUCUAAUGAUGGAAAGUCUGACGUCAUACAUAAUCCUCACAUCUAAUGAUGGAAAGUCUGACGUCAUACAUAAUCGACACAUCUAAUGAUGGAAAGUCUGACGUCAUACAUGAUCCUCACAUCUAAUGAUGGAAAGUCUGACGUCAUACAUAAUCCUCACAUCUAAUAAUAGAAAGUCUGACGUUAUACAUAAUCGACACAUCUAAUGAUGGAAAUUCUGACGUCAUACAUAAUCCUCACAUCUAAUAAUAGAAAGUCUGACGUUAUACAUAAUCGACACAUCUAAUGAUGGAAAUUCUGACGUCAUACAUAAUCCUCACAUCUAAUGAUGGAAAGUCUGACGUCAUACAUGAUCGGCACAUCUAAUAAUAGAAAGUCUGACGUUCUACAGGAUCAAUCCAUCUCAUGAUGGAAGGAUCUUUAAUGAAAGCCAAUAUAAUAUAUAACUUAAAUGCAUUUGCGCUGCAACCUGUAGCAUAUUAUUCUAUUUCAUCCAAUUGUCUCCCUUUUGUCUUUGUGAAACUGUGGUUGCAUGGUUACCAUUGUAUGUUAACCAAUCAACAUCCAUGUAACAUCUUUAUUUAGGAUUAACCAUAUAUUUUCAGAAAGAAUAAAUACAAUACAAAAUUGUGAUGUCA